GUACAGAUUGGUGCAAUGCAACAUGUAAUGUAAUAUUCUGCCUUACAUUGCAUGUUCCCUGCUGCCUUGUACGUGUGGCGCGCGCGGUACGCGCAUUGACUACGAAUCAUUCGAGAACAUCUGUUCCCGCAUUUCGUAACUGGCCCUCGUCACACGUGUUCUUUUCUUUGCCCACAUCACUCUACUUAAGUCGAUAUACUUACGAAUCAUGGAGUCUGAAGACAGCCUUCUUGCUCUGACGAUUAUCAGUGCUUCAUUGUUAAUCAUUCAUCGACUUUUAAAAAAACCCCAAAGACCCCGACGUUGGUGGCGCACAGAAUUAUAUAAACGGAGAGAAGGCAGAGAAUUGCUUACAGAUAUGAAUUUCCAGCAUAUAAGUGGUCAAUACAAAAGUUUUACGAGGAUGACGCCAACAGAUUUUGAAAAUUUACUCGCGAUAGUCGGACCAAGAAUAAGUCGAAAAUAUUCAAAUUUAAGAGCUCCAAUUUCAGCCCAAGAUAGACUAGCGAUUACUCUUCGAUUUUUAAGCUCCGGGGACUCUUACACAAGUCUACAGUAUACAUUUAGAGUAUCUAAACAAUCUAUUAGUGGAAUUGUUCCUGAAGUGUGCUCUGCUAUAAUUGAAGAAUUAAAAGAAAACAUUAAGGUACCCACGACUGCCAACGCCUGGUUGAAGAUAAGCAAGGAGUUUGAAGACCGGUGGAACUUCCCACACUGUAUAGGGGCAUUGGACGGGAAGCACGUUUUACUUCAAGCCCCUAUUAAAAGCGGAACCGAGUUUUAUAAUUAUAAACAACAUUUUAGCAUCGUUUUGUUUGCUCUAGUUGAUGCAGACUAUAAUUUUCUAUUCGUAGACGUUGGUUGUCAAGGGAGGAUUUCUGAUGGCGGAGUUUUCAAAGAUACCCAAUUAUAUGAUAAGAUAGAAAAUCGAACAUUAGACCUGCCAGAGUCACGUCCCCUAUCCGAUAGAAAUGUUUCUAUACCAUAUUUUUUUUUAGGCGAUAGUGCGUUUGCUUUAAGUGAAUACUUGAUGAAGCCAUAUGCUGGGAUACAUCCAAAGGGUUCAUCGAAGAGAAUAUUUAAUUAUAGAUUAAGCAGAGCUAGACGGGUUGUUGAAAACGUAUUUGGCAUUGUAUCGUCUGUGUUCAGAGUUUUAAGAAAACCAAUGCUUUUACAACCCCAUAAAGCUGAAUUGGUAGUUAUGGCAAUCACUCUUUUACACAAUUAUUUAAAACGUCACUCUACAAACGUGUACAUGAUUCCAGGGUUAGUUGAUAGGGAGGAAGAUGGAAAUUUAAAUGAAGGUACGUGGAGGCAAAAUAAUAAUAACAUCACAUCAAUACUGCCUGUAAGAAAUAUCCCUAGACGAUCACCUGCGCAUCUUAAUGCUAUCAGAGACGAAUUAGCUGAUUAUUUUAUGAAUGAAGGAAAGGUUUCUUGGCAAGACAGAUGCUCUUAGUUUAAAUCUUACCGUAUUUUUUCUCUUUCUUGGUGUGUUUCUA